AUGGUUACGGGAAAGAUUUUGGAGAAGCUGGGGAUCUGCAGUGAUUUAACCCUACUGCGGCUAGCACUCAAUGGGAUACCUCCAUGGAGAGAUUCCAAACUGCUUAUCAAAGAUCUCACAGUAGACGGGGUACCCUUGAGGAUUUAUCAGCCCAAAAAUACACCUACUGGCAAAAGAAGAGGAAUUCUCUAUUUUCAUGGAGGCGCUGGCACAUUUGGGAGCAUUAGAGCCUUUGAAAGAGUAUGCCGCUAUAUGGCCAAAAAAUGCAACUCAGUGGUUGUGUCUGUUGGGUACCGUCUCGCUCCUGAACAUCCUUACCCAGGGCAAUAUUUUGACUGUCUCAAUGCCACCUUAUACUUCAUGAGGAAUUUAGAAGAGUAUCACGUGGAUCCUGGUCUCAUCAUCAUUAGUGGUGACAGCUGUGGAGCUAAUUUUGCUACAGUUAUUUGUCAAAUACUGCUGAAUGAUAGAGAUCUGCCAAAAGUACGUGCUCAGGUCCUGCUUUACCCAGGACUCCAGGGGCUGGAUUUCCACUUGCCCUCCUACCAGCAGAACGCUUUUGUCCCCAUGUUGUCCCAGAAGAUGAUCAUCUACUUCUGCUUUCGUUACCUUAACAGAGAACCCACAGUUUGGAAAGAUGUUCUACAAAACUGCCAUGUUCCUGAUAGCAUGAGACAGCAGUAUAAAAAAUGGGUAAGUGCUGACCUUAUUCCUGAUGAAUUUAAGGUUAGAGGCUAUGUCCCACCAAAACCUGCAGUAUAUAAACCUGAAGUUCAUGAAGCUGUCAAAGAAAUUUUAGCAGCAACAUUUUCCCCACUAUUAGCUGAAGAUUCCAUUAUUUGCCAGCUCCCUGAGUCCUACAUUGCGACCUGUGAGUUUGAUGUGUUGAGGGAUGAUGGUCUGUUAUACAAGAAGAGACUGGAGGAAAAUGGUGUUCAAGUGACCUGGUAUCAUUGCAAGAAUGGCUUCCAUGGAAUUUUAGCCUUUUUUGGCUAUGGGAUUUUUUCCUUUUUAUCUGCAAAUAAGAUAAUGGACAGUCUUGUGAAUUACAUAAACAGUUUAUAG